CGAGUACAAGAUUUAACUCUGGAAAUAUUUCAGAUUUAAUGAAUAUCAUGAUACAAAAUAAGACCGGUAGGACUCUCUUCCAACAUACGAAGAGAGCAGUUCUUCUUUAAUAGAAAAAUGACCUGAGGUACUGCCUAAAAGUGCACGUUUAAGGCAGAAGAAGCGGCAAGAUGCAUACUGUGCCGCAUGAACAACUGCCGGAGGUAUCAUUCUUGCCAUUGAAAGCGAUUCAUCUACCUUUGUGAAAAGUAAGAUAGAUGUAGAGUUCUCUCGACAACGUGGCUUGGCCACAAGUUCGCGGACCCUUGAACCCUGAACCAUUCUACCUUUUACACCACAUCAAUCGAAUUAUUCCAAUCCAUUCAAACUGAACAUUGAUCAGCCACGGGAGCGGCGGACAUUCCCAUUCGGCGGAACGCCACUACCCAGUCCCGCACCAAGCGCAGUAUCAUCCUCAAGUUCACGAUGGAAAAUCCACAAACCCGGACAAAAGCCAGAACUUCCCUACAUAUUGACAGCUGCAGGGAUCGAAAUUAUAGGAGAGCCGGGACCAGCGAAUCAAAAGUACCUUCAGUUUUGUCCAUGCAUUAUCUGUCGCUUUCUGGUGUAAGCGACUGUCAGCAUCCAGCAGUCGAACAAGAUCAUAUCUUCUUUCUUUCGUGCUAUCUAUAACAACCUCAACAUUAAAGAUUUACUGCCCCUUCUCACAUCCUCCUCAUUCAAAACUCGAACUUCAGCGUGAGGAGCAAAUCGGAGGUGCCGAAAAUAAUGCGACAGAAUUUAAAGCAUCAUAUUUACAAUGCCUACAAUAGUUUCGGGCACUGGCGUGUGGAGAAUAAUCUAGAUCCGCAUCUGGUCGCAGAAAAUAUACCGAAGUGGAGCACUAGCAAUAACAGGUAUAGAAAUAGAUGUGGUACAUUCCGUUCACUAUCAAAAUCGAUAAGUUUGCCUUGUAAUCUGUAUCCAAAUAGAUGCGCUAGAUCGGAGGGCUUCGUCUACUUUGGUGUAGUUUUGUCUAUUGGCAGAUGCGCAUCCAUAUCUUUGAUAAGGGUUCUCUACAACUGCAUAGAACUCAAUUACCAACUUCGUUCCCAAAUCCUCCUUUUCACCUCCAAAUCAGCUAUGGACACCACUAUUAUCAUCCGCAUCAAAAAUUUGCGCGUGGCUUCAAGAAUCGGAUGCCUGUCUGGCAAUACGACGAUAGUCGCCGGUUCGUCUAUUACCCAGACGAAAAAGGUAAGAAACGGGAAUACUGACCUGCUUCGGAAAAGUUGUAUUCGUCUGUUGGGGUAGUUGUACGAGGUGAACUCGAUCAUGCAUUUCCAAAAAAAGAUUAGACAAGCACUGAAGAAUCAAUCACUUCUCACAAACACUGUUAAAUAGCAAACUUCCUUAUAAUCGCAAACUUCCAAAUCUACGUCUGGACGUGUAAAAGCAAACAAUCAAAUAACUGGAGUUAAGCAAUGAAGAGAAAACAGCUGAACCGAAUGCAGAUGGGUUUAAGCAAUCGACCCCAAUCCAUCGACCCCCUGAGUGGUAGAUCCUCCCGUACUACUGCACUAGUGGAUACAGGAGUCCCCAUCCGUCAAUGCUGAACUGAGUCAUUCAACCAAGACUUUACUAAAAGGUCACAUCACGUCGAAGGCUAAUGUUGACGUCGUACUUUGU